AUGGACAAUGACAUCUGGAGAAGCCCAGGUGCCCGCUCUCUGCCGAGUCGCAAGCGUGAGUGUGAAUCGCCGCUCCUGGGCAUCGCUAGAGGAACGGCCAAGGCUCGACGCAUCACCCCGACGCCUCAAAGUAAUGGAUUCGCCACACCGCAAGACAGCGCCAGCAGUGUCAUAGACAUUAUCGACCUUACUGGGGAUGACGUCGAUUACGAUGCGACAUGCAUCGCUCAACAUAUCAAAGAAGAGAAGAGACACGAGCAGGAGAUGAGAGACAGGAGUCUGGCUCAGCAGCUUUCGAGCCAAGGAGAUCCUGCUCCAGUCGUCCCGUCUACUCCGGCUCCAGGUUCGGGCCACUCAGACGCCUUUUCAAAGAUAAUGGCUUCGCAAAUGCCCAACUCGCACGGGCAAUUCGUUAAGCGCGAAGACCCAGCUUCGCCCGCCACAGACACUACCCAUGCCUGGCGCAUAUGA